AUGGCUACUGAUUGGCUGGGCAGUAUUGUGUCCAUCAACUGUGGAGAUAGCUUGGGUGUUUAUCAGGGAAGAGUCUCAGCAGUUGAUCAGGUCAGCCAGACCAUUUCUCUCACUCGACCUUUCCACAAUGGAGUGAAGUGCCUUGUGCCUGAAGUCACCUUCAGGGCAGGUGACAUUAUGGAAUUAAGAAUUCUGGAGAUACCAGGUCCUGGAGAAAACCAACAUUUUGGAGACCUUCAUCAAACAGAAUUAGGCCCUUCUGGUAUUGGGUACCAAGUGGGUAUCAAUCAGAAUGGCACGGGCAGGUUGGUCAAGAAGCCAACCUCUUCCAGCAGUGCCCCUCAAAACAUCCCUAAGAGGACAGAUGUGAAGAGCCAGGAUGCUGCCGUUUCCCCACAGCAGCAGCAGUGUUCCAAGAGCUAUGUGGACAGGCACAUGGAGCCUUUGAGUCAGUCCAAAAGUUUCCGUCGCCGGCACAACUCUUGGUCAUCUAGUAGCAGGCACCCAAACCAGGCAACUCCAAAGAAAAGUGGUUUAAAGAAUGGCCAAAUGAAGAAUAAAGAUGACGAGUGCUUUGGAGAUGAUAUUGAAGAGAUCCCAGACACAGAUUUUGAUUUUGAAGGGAACCUAGCCCUAUUUGACAAGGCAGCUGUGUUUGAGGAGAUUGAUACAUAUGAGAGGAGAAGCGGUACCCGUUCCAGGGGUAUUCCAAAUGAAAGGCCUGCUCGGUACCGCCACGAUGAGAACAUCCUGGAGUCAGAGCCCAUAGUGUACCGACGGAUCACAGUGCCCCACAAUGUGAGCAAGGAGUUCUGCACAGACUCUGGCUUGGUUGUCCCAAGUGUUUCCUAUGAGCUACAUAAAAAGCUGUUGUCUGUGGCUGAAAAGCACGGGUUGACUCUGGAGCGGAGACUGGAGAUGACAGGCGUGUGUGCCAGUCAGAUGGCACUGACUCUACUCGGAGGACCCAACAGGUUGAAUCCCAAAAAUGUUCACCAGAGGCCUACAGUGGCUUUGCUAUGUGGGCCCCAUGUGAAGGGGGCUCAGGGUAUCAGCUGUGGAAGGCACCUAGCCAACCAUGAUGUCCAGGUGAUCCUCUUCCUGCCCAACUUUGUCAAGAUGCUCGAGUCCAUCACCAAUGAGCUGUCUCUCUUCAGCAAGACCCAAGGCCUACAAGUGUCUAGUCUCAAAGAUCUGCCCACUAGUCCCGUGGACCUGGUGAUCAACUGUCUGGAUUGUCCUGAGAACGCCUUCUUGCGGGAUCAGCCCUGGUACAAGGCAGCUGUGGCUUGGGCCAACCAGAACCGGGCACCAGUACUCAGCAUAGAUCCUCCAGUGCAUGAAGUCGAACAGGGCAUUGAUGCCAAGUGGUCACUGGCUCUGGGCCUGCCUCUCCCACUGGGAGAGCAUGCGGGCCGUGUCUAUUUGUGUGACAUUGGCAUUCCCCAGCAGGUAUUCCAAGAGGUGGGGAUCAACUACCACUCACCCUUUGGCUGCAAGUUUGUAAUCCCACUACACUCUGCCUAG